ACGGGACAGCAGCAGGUUAAUGCAUCAUUCAGCGCCGUGAAAGGAGCUCUAUGAACAAUAGAGUUAAUCCGUGCUUUAAAUAAUAAUAAUAUUUAAAUUUUUUCCUAUGUGCUUUCCUCCUUAACGGGACGAAAAGUGAGAUUGUGUGAGAUUUAUUUAUAUUUAUUUAAAAAAACAGAGUAGCUCCUCCAUCUGCCUCACAGCUUUUUGUCUGCGACCCUCAUGGCGAUCGCCUCUGUUGCCACAGAGUACGUGUUUUCGGACUUUUUGUUGAAGGAUGCUACAGAGAGAAAAUACAAAGGAGUCCGUCUGGAGCUGGCCGUGGAUAAAAUAGUCACGUUUCUAGCGGCGGGUCUGCCUUUGUUUCUCAUCUCGCUCGCCUUUGCUCAGGAGGUUUCUGUAGGGACUCAGAUCAGCUGCUUUGCUCCCACCAACUUUUCUAUGAGACAAGGGGCAUAUGUGGACUCUUUUUGUUGGGCUGCAGUGCAGGACCAGGGUGACAGUUCAACACUUUGGCUGCAUAAGUUCUACCCCUAUGUCCUUCUCCUAAUUGCCAUCCUGAUGUCGGUUCCUGCCGUGCUCUGGAGUUUCACUGCAGCUCCUCACCUGUCGUCUGACCUCAGCUUCAUUAUGGAGGAGUUGGAUCGAUUUUAUAACCGCACCAUAAAACUGGCCAAAAAUCUGGCAUCUUUAGAUGACAAGGAUGCAGCGCAGGGCAACCAGAGUGCUUUGGACCUGGCUGAGGGCUGCUUUAAAUACCCUCUUGUAGAACAGUACCUAAAGACCAAGCGCACCUCCUGCAGCCUUGUGGUCAAAUACAUGGCAUGUCGGGGCCUGACACUGCUCAUCCUCCUGCUGGCGUGCCUCUACCUCGGUUACUACAUCUUUGUGGCUUCGCUCACUGACGAGUUUCCCUGCGACCUGCGGACAGGUGUGCUGAAGAACGACAGCGGGGUGCCAUCUGCAGUUCAGUGCAAGCUGGUAGCAGUGGGCAUCUUCCGGCUGCUCAGCUACAUCAACCUGAGCGUGUACGUACUUCUCGCUCCUCUGGUGGUGUACGCGGCUCUGGGACCGGGGCAACAGGGCUCUGGCUUUCUCAGACCCUAUGAGAUGCUACCUGGAUUCGGUGCCCUGGGCGAAGUUAAACCAGUCUACAAUGACCUCAGCAUCUACCUCCUGUUCCUUAAGGAGAACCUGAGUCAACUCAAGUCCUUCAAGUGUCUGCAGGUACUGGAGUUGUUGCAGCAGACUGGUGAUGAGGGCUUUGACACAAUGUGCCUGCUGCAAACGCUGGGUCAGGUGAAAACGGACAUGUUGGACAGCAACAAGAUGGGCUCCAACAAGAAUGUCAAUGAGACAAAUAUGCCUUAAGAGCCAUUCAAACUAAACUUUUGGUGGGCAAAAGUUUAGUUUUACAGAUUAGAUGGCUAAUGUCUGAAUAAUGAAGAUCAGGGGAAGAGAGGAAGUGGAAGGAGAACCUGUGCACUUAUUUUCAUUUAAGAUGCUGGAUGUGUAGAUUCAGAUCUUCGUAAUAAGGAUAGAAGUCACUGUAUAGGUAGUUUGAUCAAAAUAAUCUUUUGCUCCCUUGCGGGUAAUUUAAUACAAGAAUACAUAUGUUGGGUUUAAGUUACUACUGAUUUUGUAUGUUUCAUAAACUGAGUCUGGUGAUUCAAUUGAACUUUAGGUGCAGUUAUAUUUAUCAUUUAAUAACCAUAUUCUUUGUGCUUACAAAACUCUUAAACAAAGAUAAGGUCUCCAGGCAUAAGGAGCAGCAUGGCAGAAGAUACUGUACACUUAUUUACAAGUUUUAUUUAUCUCUGUGUGGCUCUUGCUCCCUUGUACACCAGUUUUGGCAUAAAGCAUGAAAACCUGCAUGGGCAACAUAGCUUUAGAUGCUAGACAGACUGUUAAAAACAUGCUUUGAUUAGAUGUAGCUUGACAGAAGCAUUUCUGUAUUAAGAAAGUUGUUGAUUUCAUUCAUAAAAAAAAAAUUACUUUAAAGUUCAUGUACAUGACAUCAUGCACACUCCCAAAACAAUGCAACUUGAAUGAAAAGUAGCAGUAAGAACAAUCCUAUAUCCUAAUUCAUUUUGCAACUGUGCAUCAGUUCUGUUACAGUAUUUACGUCCAUCUUUUCUUAACUUCCACAUUUACUCUGAUUACAUUUUAUAUAAAGGUAUCAUAUAAAUAUUUCAAUAUCGGAAUACUAGCAUUAUGUCCAUGCAAUUACAUUCAUACAUCCCUAGCAUUGAAGUUUUUAGAAUGCGUUCAUUGUUCUUCACUCUUUCCACAUAUUAGUUCAUUUAACUGUGAUGGUCAAUUCCAUUAUUUUGGAGUUAAAUCUGUUUUUGUUUUUUUUAAAUUCCUUUUCAGGUUAUAGUUCCUUUAAAUGUUGAUUUUGUAUCAAGGGGACAUGAAAGUCAGAGCAGCACAUCACUGCCAGAGUCAAUGUUGCCAUAUUUUUUUUCAGGAGGAUAAAAUGCCAGAUUUGUAAUCUUGAGCUUGAGGUCCUCUUAGUUUCAAGUGCUGUUAUAAGUUAUGUUGGAGCCGACUUUGUACUAACAGAUAUAAUAAAAUCCCAAGGACUAACAGC